GGAUAGAUGACGUGUAGGUCGGGGCCCCGGGCUGUCAGUCAGAGAGCGGCCAGGUACGGGCCCGGGGUCCCGCGGGGCUGGAGCCACCAUGGCUGCCGUGUUCGACCUGGACCUGGAGACGGAGGAGGGCAGCGAGGGCGAGGGCGAGCCAGAGCUCAGCCCCGCGGACGUGUGUCCCCUUGCCGAGUUGAGGUCGGCUGGCCUGGAGCCUGCGGGACACUUUGAGGAGGUAGAGCUGACCGAGACCAGCGUCAACCUGGGGCCAGAGCGAAUCGGGCCCCACUGCUUUGAGCUGCUCCGUGUACUGGGCAAGGGGGGCUACGGCAAGGUGUUCCAGGUGCGAAAGGUGCAGGGCACCAAUUUAGGCAAAAUAUAUGCCAUGAAAGUUCUGAGGAAGGCCAAAAUUGUACGCAAUGCCAAGGACACAGCACACACACGGGCCGAGCGGAACAUUCUAGAGUCCGUGAAACACCCCUUCAUUGUGGAACUGGCCUAUGCCUUCCAGACUGGUGGCAAGCUCUACCUCAUCCUUGAGUGCCUCAGUGGUGGCGAGCUGUUCACGCAUCUGGAGCGAGAAGGCAUCUUCUUAGAGGACACAGCCUGCUUCUACCUGGCCGAGAUCACGCUGGCCCUCGGCCACCUGCAUGCCCAAGGCAUCAUUUACCGGGACCUCAAACCUGAGAACAUCAUGCUUAACAGUCAGGGCCACAUCAAACUGACCGACUUUGGACUCUGCAAGGAGUCCAUUCAUGAGGAUGCAAUUACUCACACCUUCUGCGGCACCAUUGAGUACAUGGCCCCCGAGAUUCUGGUGCGCAGCGGCCACAACCGGGCGGUGGACUGGUGGAGCCUGGGGGCUCUGAUGUACGACAUGCUCACUGGAUCGCCACCCUUCACCGCAGAGAACCGGAAGAAAACCAUGGAUAAGAUCAUCAAAGGGAAGCUGAUGCUGCCUGCCUACCUCACCCCAGACGCCCGGGACCUCAUCAAGAAGUUCCUGAAGCGGAAUCCCAGCCAACGCAUGGGGGGUGGUCCAGGGGAUGCGGCUGAUAUACAGAGGCACUCCUUUUUCCGGCACAUCAACUGGGAUGACCUCUUAUCCCGCCGUGUAGACCCCCCCUUCAGGCCCUGUCUGCAGUCAGAGGAGGACGUGAGCCAGUUUGACACACGCUUCACGCGGCAGACGCCUGUGGACAGCCCCGAUGACUCGGCCCUCAGCGAGAGCGCCAACCAGGCCUUCCUGGGCUUCACGUACGUGGCACCCUCGGUUCUGGACAGCAUCAAGGAGGGCUUCUCCUUCCAGCCUAAACUGCGCUCCCCCCGGCGCCUCAACAGCAGCCCCCGGACCCCCAUCAGCCCGCUGAAGUUCUCGCCCCUCGAAGGGUUCCAGCCCAGCCCUGGCCCACCAGAGUCCAUGGGGCCACCUCUUCCGCCACUCCUGCCACCGCCCUCAAGCACUGCCCCGCUCCCCAUCAGACCCCCCUCAGGCACCAAGAAGUCCAAGAGGGGCCGUGGGCGCCCUGGACGCUAG